GGAGGGGGCGAGGCGGAAGUGCUGUCGCGGGGCGCUCCCUCCCCCCCUUCCCGCCCCGGCUGUAGCUGCGGCACAAAAGAUGGCGGCGAAAACACUGGGUGGCAUCCACCUCAGCGCGCUUUGUCCAAAGUUCUUGCAUACCAACUCUACCAGUCACACCUGGCCUUUCAGUGCAAUUGCAGAACUCAUAGAUAAUGCCUAUGAUCCAGAUGUGAGUGCUAAACAAAUAUGGAUAGACAAAACGGUGAUAAACGACAACAUAUGCUUGACGUUCACUGAUAAUGGAAAUGGUAUGAACUCGGAGAAGCUGCACAAAAUGCUAAGCUUCGGCUUCAGUGAGAAGUCCGUGAUGAAUGGCCGUGUUCCAGUGGGACUGUAUGGAAAUGGGUUUAAAUCAGGGUCUAUGCGCCUAGGAAAAGAUGCAAUAGUCUUCACCAAGAAUGGAGAAACCAUGAGUGUGGGCCUGUUAUCUCAGACUUUCCUUGAAGCCACAAAAGCAGAACAUGUCAUGGUUCCUAUAGUGACGUUCAACAACCAACGACAGAUAAGUGAUCCAACAGAAUCCAAAAACAGCCUGAAAGCCAUCCUAACACAUUCUUUGUUUUCUACUGAGGAGAAAUUAUUGGCAGAGCUGGAUGCUAUAAUAGGGAAAAAGGGAACAAGAAUAAUCAUUUGGAAUCUUAGAAGAGAGAAGAAUGAAAAAACAGAGUUUGACUUUGACAAGGAUAAGUAUGACAUCAGAAUUCCAGAAGACUUGGAUGAAACAGGCAAAAGAGGAUAUAAAAAACAAGAGAGACUAGACCAGAUUGUUCCAGAAAGUGACUACUCACUGAGAGCUUAUUGCAGUAUUUUGUAUCUCAAGCCAACAAUGCAGAUCAUUCUGCGAGGUCAAAAAGUGAAAACACAGCUGGUUUCCAAAAGCCUUGCCUUCAUUGAACAUGAUAUAUAUAGACCAAAAUUUCUGAAUGCUAAAACUGUACGAAUUACUUUUGGAUUUAACUGCAGAAACAAAGAUCAUUAUGGAAUAAUGAUGUACCAUAAAAACAGACUCAUCAAAGCUUAUGAAAGAGUUGGCUGUCAAUUAAAGGCAAACAACAUGGGUGUUGGUGUGGUUGGUAUUAUUGAAUGCAACUUCCUAAAGCCAACUCAUAACAAACAAGAUUUUGACUACACAAAUGAAUACAGACUUACAAUAGCAGCAUUAGGAGAAAAGCUUAAUGAUUACUGGAAUGAAAUGAAAAGGAAGAAAAAUGAAGAAUACCCACUAGCUUUACCAGUUGAGGAGAUACAAAAACAGCCUGAUCAGACAUGGGUGCAGUGCGAUGCAUGUCUGAAAUGGCGGAAGCUGCCAGAUGGAAUAGAGCACUUGCCAGAAAAGUGGUACUGCUCACUGAAUCCUGAUCCACAAUUCCGGAAUUGUAGUGUGCCAGAAGAACCAGAAGAUGAUGACUUAAUACAUCCUACCUAUGAGAAAACUUACAAGAAAAAAGAUAGGGAAAAACUGAAGAAGCGACCAGAGUACAGCUACCAGAUCAAUGAAGUGUUUUUAAAAAUGCCUGUUUCUUCAAGUAAAGACUUCAAAACGUUCUCACCUGUGAGUGGAAAGGAAGCUGUUCCAAGAUCACUUCUACCAGAAACAUCAAAUGCUUCUGUCAAAAGACCUCUACUUAUUUCAAAUAGAUCAGUAUCUUCACCCCAUUCUGAUUGUGAUAACAGUCUUAAACGGAGGACACCUAGUUGUGUGACACCUGUGUCUUUAAAGAUAACUCGAUUAAAUGACAAAACAUUCAACAACCAUGAUGAUGAUGAUGAAGAUGUCAUUAUUUUAGAGGAAAGCAGUACUCCAAAGCCUUCAGCAGAUUCUGAUGUUGCUGUAGUAAAAACUGAAUGUAUUGAUUUGGAUCAAGAGGAAAAGCAGCAAGAAAACUGUGAUGUUGGAGAACCUUGCCUUGCAGCUACUUCACAAUCAAAAAUUGAACAGUUAACCUCAGCGACACAAACAGAGGUUCUGAACUUAGUUGUUAAAAAGGAAGAGGCAGAAGAUGAAACAGAUAUUCCAGUUCCUAAUGCAGAGAUGGAAACUAAACAGCACAAUGUUGAUGUUUCUGAGACCUCUGUAGAUCUUGGAAAUGAACUGAAAAAUCAGCUGCAAGUAUUAAACAAAGAAAAGGAAAUGUACCAAACCAAAUGUGAAGUAUUAGCCAAGCAAGUAGAAACACUGGAGCAGAGGAUUUUAGAAAUGAAUAAUAAGUAUGUAAAAAAAGAAGUGUGCCAUCAGUCAACUGAGACAAUUUCUUCUGAAGAAGAAAACGUUCAUGGGAGAAGUUUGGCAGAAGUGACUGUUCUCUAUGAACAGGCCUUAGAAGAAAUAGCAAAACUAAAGGAGCAAUGUAAUACUAUGCAGAACUUAAAAACUGAAUGCAGCAAAUGUGCUGCUGGUGACAAUAAGAGCGAGGUAGAUGAAAUUGCUGUGCAUCUGGAUGAUGUUUUCAGGCAACUGGACAAGUGCAGCAUCGAGAGAGACAGAUAUAAAAGUGAGAUUGAACUACUAGAAGUGGAAAAAAAUCAAAUUGCCUGUCAAUGUGAAGAACUCAAAGCAGAAAUUGCACAGUUAAAAGCUUCGAUUCCACAAGCUGUAGCACAAGCAACUGAUUCUACCACCAGUAAUGUAGAAGAGUCUGUAAAUUUUUCUGAUGGAGAAAGCCUGAAACUACGCUCUCUUCGAGUGAAUGUUGGACAGCUUUUGGCUACAAUCAUGCCUGAUCUAGACUUGCAGCAAGUAAACUAUGAUAUUGAUGUAGUAGAUGAAAUUUUAGGACAAGUUGUAGAACAAAUGCAUGAAAUCAGUAGUACUUAGCGUCUUAAGGUUUUAGCAGACUCUUACUUGAUCUUCCAUUAUAACCUUUGUGUAGGUUCAAAAUUGUAUAUACUGCUUCUUCACUUUAUAUAUUUGACAUAGUUUGAUCAAUAAGUGUAUAUACGCUGCGUUUAGAUGUUCCCACAGAUGCAGUGGGUGUUACCUUCACUUCCUCUUAAAGGAACACUGUCAAUAUUGACCAACCCUGGUGUGCUUAAUUAAAGAUUUUGCUUUAAAAAUGUAUUUGUAAUUAAAUUUGCAAAUAUUUUUUUGUAUCAGGAAUCUUAAUACUUUUCUACAAACGUUUUUGUGUUGACUUUUGAUCUUAUAUCAGCAUUCAUAAGCAAUUAUUAUAUAAGCACAUAAUACUAUAUAUUAUGACAUCAGUACUGAGCACAUUAUAUAAUAAUAAGCAUUAUAUAAACAUAAAUAACAAACAAUUAUAUAAUAAGCCAUUAUUUCCUCUUCUAAAAUUGAAGUACUGAGAUAUAUUAAAAAUGCAAAAAAGAACCUUCCUUGAUUUUUCUCCUCAGAACAAACCUUAGAAGUGGUGUUGUGUACUACAGUAUUGUUUCAUUGGAAUCCACAAUGUUGUAUGUUUCAUUAAUGGGAUAGAAAUGUAACUAGUAGAUGAAAAUUUUGGCCAUAGGGGUAAUAUUUGUGUUUGACCAGCAAAAGAAGGAAAAUUCUUUAAGGGUUUAAUCCUAAAAACUUAGGAUCUCUGACUCCCUUUUGCAUUUUUUCUGCUGUCACUAAAGAACAGUAUCUGUACAUAGUUUUGCAGCAUAAACAACUCCAUGGGAUAUGGCUAGGAUAUUUCAGUCUUUUCAGUGAUGGAAACCACCUGCCUCUUUGUGUCCUGCCCUUGCUACUUGAUUGCCAUUUUCUACAUCCAAAAAUCUGUCCAUAUUUGAACACAGUCAAAGGAUACUUCAGUUCUACCCUAUAGUCUCCAUUUGAACACAGCAGUGCUGGUUCACAAGUCCAGGGAUGUACCAGUAUGUGGCUUCAACAGUCACAUUUCACACAAAGCUUUUGCCUACUUUUUUCCAAGUCACAGGCAGCUGGUGGAGUAGGCAGCAUCCUGGUGGGCCACUGGAGAAAACAAGCUGCAGUGGCAUAUCCAAAGCAAGGUAGGAUUUCUGGGCAACUUCUGCUCUGCGUUGAACACCAUGCCUUGAGGCCUGAAGGCCUGUUUUCAUGGAAGCCCAGUACUGAACAGGAUUCACAUAGAGGUUUUGUGAUGUAUACAAAUGCAUAUGUAUAUCAUCUCAAAACUCAAAUUGUUGCAAUAGUAAACAUAUAGUCUGCCUUGGAAUUUUUCAGGCCGAGAUGCGAUUGUGCUGAGAUUCAUCUCUGAAACUUAGCUGCCUGUCACACUGUACCAUGCUGAGUACAAAUGGGUCAGACUACUAAAUCCUUUAUUAAAUAAUUGAGUGGAAGUACUUUGGGAAGAAGAUACAUUUUCUUCUGUGUGGUGUUAGCAGAGUGAGCUAAAGCUGAAAAUGUUCAAAUAUAACUUGUUUGUGCUAUCUUAGACAUCUUUUUUUAAUAGGCAAGUUAGAGGAGUCUUUAUUUUUCCCCCACAACCUUUUUUCCCCCUUGAGAAUGUUUUCUGGGGACUCUUAAGCCACUAGUUCUGUGCUCUGAUACUCAUGCAAAAACUUCCUGGAAGAAAUGGUACUGAGAGAAAUCGCUAUCACAAUAGUCUGAUGGCAUUCUCAGCCAGCUGCAUGUUUUUCUUAAGAAGUCAUCAGAUAUGAGAAGAAAGGUAGCAAAGACAGCAAAUCAGACUUUUUCUCUGUGGUGGUAUUUGUCAUCCAAACAGUCAUAAAGAAAAAUGGUUCUUGUCUUCAAAAAACAAUAAUUGAAAAAUAUUUUAAAAAUUGUGAAAUAGCUUUCAAUAUGUUUAUUCCUAGGAAGUGUAUUUUUUAUAAGGCCAACGUAUUUGGCUUUUGCACUGCUAUUGUCCUGAUUUAAUGAGAUUAUGUUCCUUUUAGUUGUAGAUCAGUCAAUUUUUUUCAAUGGACAGUAUUUCAAUUUUAAGAUGAUAUCUGUUCUAAUACGCCAAUAAGGGUAAUGCAAUACUGUUGUACUUUGAUAAAUUGAAUGUUUGAUUUUUUUGAAGAGGUGGCUGUAAUAUAACUGUGACUUUUAAAAAGUUUGUAUUUUCCGUUUAUUGGUGUGAAGUUUUCCAUUUCUUAAUCAUUAUUUAUUAUGUUUCAUCAGACUCUCUGUAGUUGAAUUUCUUAUAGACAACUGGCAAAAUAUAGCAUAUGUCUGUAUUAAAAAUGGCAAAUUUACACUGUGCGUUUACACUUUGGAGAACAGUGGACUAAUGGAGAUGGUUUUUAUUGUUAAAAUGUAUUUUUUGUAAAAAAUAAAAAUAAAAAACAAUAUAUAAACCUGAGUUUGCAGGAUCAAAACUUGUACGUGAUCAAAUGCAAUGGUUUUGUUUAUAAAUAAAUACUAU